AAGUGGGCUCCCUGUCCUCAGACACACAAGAGAGGAAGUGGCUGCCAGCGGGGGGAGGAGAGGAGAGGGGGGGGGAGAGAAGGAGGGGCGAGCAAAGCAGAAGCUGAUCGGUCAGUCAGUCAGUCGGCGCUCAAAAGGGGAAUCGCAAAGGCUUACAAGGAAGAGGAGGGGGGGAGAGAGAAAGAGAGAGAGAGAGCGACGGGGUGACGUAGGCAGCCCCGCCCAAGGGGGCAUCCGAGCGGAGGGCGCGAGGAGAAGAAGAAGAAGGAGGAGGGGGAGGGGCUGAGGCGCGCGCGCGCAAAGGAGAGAGAGAGAGAGAGAAGGCGAAAGAGAGCGUCGCGCAGAGAGUGACACUCUGGCUUCCCCCGAUCCGAAUUCCGAGGAUGUGAAGCCGAGGAGCCUGAGCAGCAGCAGCAGCAUUAGAAAAGAAGCGGAAGUGGCGGUGGAGACAAGAUGCCGCCCUGAGGCGCCCUACUGUUGUUGCCAAGCAGCCGCGGCGUGGAUCCCUUUCUCCCCCGCAGCCCCGAACCCUCGCGGAAGGAAAGAAGGAAGGAAGUGCUGGUCGGCAGCCUCCCUCGUGAGGAAGAGGAAGAAGCCGGAUCGGAGGAGGCAAGCGAGGCAAGGAGGGCAGUCCCGAGAGCGAGGCAGGAAGGCGACGCGUCCUCUUCCGCCAUGUCUUCGGCGCCGGUCUCCUCCUCGCGGCGCCAGUCGUGCUACUUGUGCGACCUCCCGCGGAUGCCGUGGGCCAUGAUCUGGGACUUCACGGAGCCCGUCUGCCGCGGGUGCGUCAACUACGAGGGCGCCGACCGCAUCGAGUUCGUCAUCGAGACGGCGCGGCAGCUCAAGCGGGCCCACGGCUGCUUCCAGGACGGGCGCUCCCCUCCCGUCGGCGCCGGCGUCAAAGCGUUGCCCCUCUCCGCCAAGGAAGCGGCAGUGGCGGCGGCGGCAGCGGCUGCGGCGGCGGCAGUGCAACAGCAACAACUGAACCAUGUGGACGCCUCCGCCUCGAAAGCGCCUUCGGGCCUGGAGCGCUACGGGCUGAGCGAGCCUCCGCGCGGGAGGUUCGAGUACCCUCCGCCGCCUCCUCCGCACGCGGCGCGGCUCCCCAACGGCCUGGGCGGGCCCAAUGGCUUCCCCAAAGCCCCCGACGACGGGCCCCCGGAGCUGAACCGCCAGAGCCCCAAUUCCUCCUCGUCUUCGUCCGCGUCGUCGUCUUCCCGGAGGGGGACGCACUUGGGGGGCGGCCUGCCUCAAGGAAGUGGCGGCGGCGGCGGGGCCCAGCUCAACGUCCCGCCCAACUUGCUCCCGCAGACGCUGCUCAAUGGGCCGGCGGGGUCCGGCGUGGCGCUGCCCCCUCCUCGCGGCCCCCCGACGUCCUCCUCCUCGUCCACCUCCUCCUCUUCGUCCACCUCUUCCACGUCUUCCUCCUCCUCCGGGGAUCCCUGCGGGAAGCGGCCCGGCUCGGUAUCCUCCUCCUCGGGCGGCGCGGAGGCGGAACGGGAGCUGAAGGAGAAGCAGCGCAACGCGGAGGCGCUGGCCGAGCUGAACGAGAGCCUCCGGAGCCGGGCGGAGGACUGGUCGGGCAAGCCCAAGCUGGUGCGGGAGACGCUGCUGACGCUGGCCGACUGCACGCCCUACGAGGUGCGCUUCAAGAAGGACCACGCGCUCCUGGGCCGCGUCUUCGCCUUCGACGCCGUGGCCAAGCCCGGCCUGGACUACGAGCUCAAGCUCUUCGUGGAGUACCCCGCCGGGUCCGGCACCGUCUUCGCCAGCGCCUCCGGGGUGGCCAAGCAGAUGUACCAGGACUGCAUGAAGGACUUCGGGCGGGGACUCUCCUCCGGCUUCAAGUACCUCGAGUACGAGAAGAAGCACGGCUCGGGCGACUGGCGCCUCUUAGGGGACCUGCUCCCGGAGGCGGUGCGCUUCUUCAAGGAGCCCGUGGGCGCCGACAUGCUCCCGCAGCCCUUCCUCGACGCCGCCUGCCCGAUGCUGCCUUCCGCCUUGGUGGGCAUGCCACGCGGGGCCGGGACGCCGUCGGGUCGCGGGCCCGGAGGCUCGGCGGGAGCGGGGAGCGGAGCCACCGGCUUGAGGAAGAGGAAGGCCUCCCCAGAGCCCUCCGACUCGGCCUCGGAAGGCAAGCUGAGCGAGGAGCAGCAGCGCCAGCAGUGGAUGGCCAGCCAGAGCGAGGCCCUGAAGCUCACCAUGGCAACGGGGGGCUUCCCUCCCCCUCCCCCGCCGCCCCCUCACUCCCUCCGGACCACCCCGCCGGAGUCGGCCCCACAGAACGGGCAGUCGCCCAUGGCGGCGCUGAUGUCCGUCGCAGACACCUUAGGCAACGCGCACUCCCCCAAGGACGGCAGCUCGGUCCACUCCACGACUUCCUCUUCGUCUUCUUCCUCGUCCUCGUCCUCUUCCUCGUCCACGCGCCGGAACAGCAGCAGCCCGAUCUCUCCCGCCUCCGCGCCCGGCCCACGCCGCUUGGCCUCCCGCAACGGGGAGUUGAGCAUGGCCCCGUCUUCCGCGCCCCCUCCCCCGCCUCCCCCUCCCCCUCCCCCGCCCAGCCUGGACCCCAACCACCCUCCCAACAUCCCCGACUCGCCCAUGGCCAACAGCGGACCCCUGUGCUGCACCAUUUGCCACGAACGCUUGGAGGACACCCACUUCGUGCAGUGCCCCUCGGUGCCCGGCCACAAGUUCUGCUUCCCUUGCUCGCGGGAGAGCAUCAAGGCCCAGGGCGCCACCGGCGAGGUCUACUGCCCCAGCGGGGAGAAGUGCCCCCUGGUGGGCUCCAACGUGCCUUGGGCCUUCAUGCAGGGCGAGAUCGCCACCAUCCUGGCCGGAGACGUCAAAGUCAAAAAGGAGAGGGACCCCUGAAGGUGGUGGCGCCCCCUCCCUUCCUUCCCUUCCCCCAAACCCCUUCCUCUUUCUCCCCGAAGAUGUAUUAUUGUGAAUAAUAAUAAUAACAAUAUCCAAGACUCAAACGAAAAA